UUAAAAAAUAAAAACUUUUGUAUAGUUUGUUCAUUUGGAUAAUCUGUUGGUUACAUUCCCUGUGAAGUCAUAUCUUGCAAAUUUUACUAACUGUAAAAGAUUUGUGGAUGCAUGUUUGUCUCAUAAAGUCUUGUCAGUAUUCUCAACUAUGUCCAUUGUAUUGAUUGGACAGUCACAGGUUUAUAUGGUCUUAAUCCUUUUUUUUUUACUUCCAAGUUGUCUCUAUCUGAUACCUAUAAGAAUACUGUAAGAACAUGCAGUGGAUAAACCAGUUUGUUAUUCCCUUCUGUACAUGACUAUAGGGCGAUACCCUGUUUUUCCACUCUACGCUAUCCAUUUCUCUUUUGAUGUGGGUACAAAUGUUGAGUAUUUUUUCAAAUAGAUGGAUACAUGAUUUAUGACUAAUCUGUGAUCCUUGCUUUAUAUGUUGAAUCUGACAGUGCCAAUAUCAUGGCUUUGAUCUAUUGCAUACCCUGUGUCGGUGUCAAGUGAAGCAGAUCUUAAACUUUCAAGUCUCGAGAAACCAAAAGCCACCACGUUUCAUCUACCCAGUGAAUAAUUGAAUAUGUUAUCAAACCCAUGUGCUGUUGACUUAUGUUAUGUUUGUUGAGUUGAUUUACCUAGUAAAGUAUGUUAAUCACUACUUUUGAUCUAAACUGCAAAAAUAAUUUUUUUGUAUCAUUGUAGAAGAUCUUAUAUUUGUUGAAAAUGGCAUACAUUUCUUUCAGUAUCAUAUUGUAGUAUAGUCCUGACUGAUACACUAAUCUUGCUUGUCAGCUCGAUCAUGACGAAUCAUAGAGCUGAAACGUCUUCUUUUUUUAGCUUGCAUGCAUUUGACGAGUGGUUGCUGCUCUAUGAACUAGCAUAAUACGGUUAUUCUUCUUUCAAAUUGCAUCUGAGGAUAAUUACUACCAGAAUCAGUCGUUCCAAAUAAUAUUAAAAUAGGGGAUGAUAACAGCUAGCAACUUACAGUUCAAGUAUUUGAUUUGGCACUUUUUGGGAACAUGCCGUAGUCACAUCUUAAGAGUGUCGGUUACACAACUGCAUGUGCCACGGUGGAUGGUCAUCAUUCAUCCAAUGCCUGUUGGCUAAAAUAGCUCAUAAACUGGUUGAUUACAGAUCCUUAACUUCUGGAACACUUGCUAUGCCAUCAUACUCCCUAGAUGCCUCAUCCGAGACUAUUCUUCACUUCUUGUACAUCCACGCUAACCACAGGAUUCCUGAAAUACUGAUAUUCAAUCAUAUGCCGAAGUCUUAGGCCAUCUACUGGCUGCGUGAUAUAAGAAGUAGUACAGCUGUAAGGGCGUGCAGGCUUCUAGAGUCACUAUACUAAUAUUGAGCAAAAUGGCUUUGCUUACUAUCACUUAUGUGCAAGCUAAGCAACUGAACUAUAUAAAGCAGGCUGUGAGCUCUAGUUCACCUAAAAAAUCAGCAAGGACAUUCACAACAUGGUUUACAGACUCCUCUUUGGAUUUCUCCUUCCUCUUGUCUUACAACCAUCCUUAGUGUUAUGCAAUCGACCAGAGCUGAAGGUUGGCUUUUACCAAUACACAUGCCCGUAUGCAGAGGUCAUUGUUCGCGAUGAGAUAGCCAGGAUCAUCUCCCACGUCCCAAGCCUCGCUGGUCCUCUGCUUCGCAUGCACUUCCACGACUGUUUUGUGAACGGUUGCGAUGGUUCUAUUCUGCUUGAUAGCAUACCAGGAUUACCAUCCGAAAAGGAAUCGGAACCGAACCUCAGCCUGCGAGGCUUUGGCACAAUUGACCUUGUCAAGGCUAAACUGGAGCAAGCCUGCCCUGGAGUGGUCUCAUGCGCUGAUGUCCUAGCUCUCGUGGCAAGGGAUGUUGUACUACUGACCCAUGGGCCUUACUGGAAUGUUCCAACUGGGCGGCGAGAUGGGUUGAGAUCGGUGAAGGAUGAAGCUUUGAACAACCUACCUCCACCUUUUUUUGAUGCCACUCGUAAUCUGAACCAGUUCUUCGUCCCGAAGGGUCUUGAUGCGAAGGAUCAGGUGGUUCUGCUAGGGGGGCACACCCUCGGCACCUCCCACUGCUCGUCCUUCUCGGACCGUCUGUACAACUUCAGCGGCACGCAGAUGCCGGACCCGGCGCUGGACAGGCGGUACGUGCCGCGGCUGAAGAGCAAGUGCAGGCCCGGCGACAUUACGGCGCUGGUGGAGAUGGACCCGGGGAGCUUCCGGACGUUCGACGCGAGCUACUACCGUCACGUCGCCAGGGGGAGGGCGCUCUUCACCUCGGACGAGACGCUCAUGCUGGACCCCUUCACCCGGGACUACGUCCUGCGCCAGGCGGCCGUCGCCGCUGCCGGCGGCUACCCCGCGGAGUUCUUCACGGACUUCGUGGCGUCCAUGGUGAAGAUGGGGAACAUGCAGGUGCUCACCGGCGCGCAGGGUGAGGUGAGGAGGCGCUGCGGCGCCGUGAACCCGAUGGGCAUGUAGGCCGCCGGCGGUGGUCCGUGAUCAUCGGCCCGUAAAUUAUCGGAAGUCUGUGGCCUGUGGGUAUUGUAUAAUUGAUGUGUAUUACGCGUGUACAUUGUGUGCAUCAUUGUCUUUCUUCAUUUGCAUCGUUUGUUCGUUUGUACGAUGUAUCCAGAUUCAAAUAAAAUGUUUGCUUGAUUGAUUCAGUGAAA